AUGCAAACUCAAAGAGGCGAAUCUAAAGACUUAUCCGUAGUUGAUUCAUUAAAACUGGAAAAUGCUAGGCUUAUGACUAGAAUCGCAGAAUUAGAACAAAUAGUAAAAGAAAAAAAUGCGCUUGAGACUGAGCUAAAACAGAUUAUAGAAGAGAAUGCUGAGAAAGCAAAGUUAAGAGAUGCUGAGCUCAAUGCAAGAAUUAUGGAACUAGAACGGUCAGCAAAAGAAAAUGAAGAACGAUUUGCAAAAUUGGAGCAAAAGCAAAACAAUAACGUAGAUAAUUCAUCCGAAAAUGAUGUUAAUAUACCCAACCUUGUUAUAAAAACGUUAGAGGUUAAUACUCCUGCAUCCGAUAUAACUGAUGACGCUUUAAGUUCUGAUGUAUAUCAGGGAUCCCAAGGUUUAUCUUCGAAUAAUAAUUCUUCAGAACAGUCUAAUUCAUUAUAUGAUGUAAGAACUGUUACAAUCGAAACGAAUCCAAAGAGUUCAAAUCUGAACAUUCCAGAGAUAAGCUCCGA